AAAAAGGUUUGUGAUAAGCAGACUUCCACCUGUUUAAAGUUCACCUGAGACGCAUGAGGACAUCGUCUGCAUGAAACUGUGGCCAGAUAAAAGCAGUGGAUGCAACGCUCCAUUUAUAGAAGAAAGGUGGAGAAGCAGGAGAGCGUCUGAAGAGGACGAGCCGACCUCCAGCAGAUGCGCCUCACCUAAAACCUCCUCCAAACCCAGCCUGAAGCGCACCAUGUCCCUCGGCACGUUCCACCUCAUGCAGACUCUUAAGAACUCCCCCGCUGCGCUACGUCGCCGCUUUCGCCGCGACCGCACGGAGUCCCUGUCCCACGGCGACCCUCUCUUCAAGGUCCACUACUUGGGCACGGAGAAAAUCUUCUCUCUGGAUCGAGAGCAGGCCCAGGACGCUAUUAGCCACCUGCUGGAAGGUAUUUCAAACGGGAAGAAGCUGAGCAAGGAUCACGCCCUGGUGGUGCGGCCCAGAUACGUGGAGGUCAAAGAACUGAGUACAGGGCGGCAGCUCACCAAGACGUACCUGCAGGACAUUGCGUACUGUGCCGCCGACGCCAACCGGCCCAAUGUCUUCCUGUACAUCUGCAAGCAUCAGGGGCAGCAGCUGCAGUGUCGGGUGUUUUGGUGCAGCAGGGCUGAGCGGGCACUGGACAUGACGGCUUGUCUGGCUCAGUCUUUCCAGCAGGCGCUGAGCGACCUGCAGCAGGACGGCUCGGCCACGCUGCAGCCGGGGAAGGGGAAGGGGAAGGGGGUUGAGGAGUCGUCGAACUCUCCCGCCAAAACGAAAAGCUCCACGUUGCCUACCAGUCUAGGAAAAGUUCGCUGGAAGAAGAGGGGCUGCUCUGUGUCUCGCAGCCCCCUCAGAGCCAUCACGAGAAGAGGAUCUGACGCUGACAGCUGGAACUGAACCCCCGCUUUAAAACCCCUUCAAACACGGGACCACAUUUACCUGAUGCCAGCCUCAAGGACGACAGCACUGACAGGAGGGAGGGAGGGAGGGAUUACAAGACAGAAGGAAGGACAAAAGGGAUGAAACUGGGAAGUGGGGAAGUCCAUAUAUGGAUGUGUGAGGACUGGAUGUUGCCGUAAUCAGUGAGCGGAUGGACCUGAAGGUUCAUUGUAGAACAAAAUUGCUGUUGACAGCUGCCUUUGUUCACCUGUCAACAGCCAUGUGAGGACUUGUGACUGGUUGCGAGCCAUUUGAGGACUGGACUGGUUCAUCUCUGUGGCUUUCUUUUUGGUUCGCUUGUUUUGUUUUAAGUAGUCUACUUGAAACUUUAGCCACGGGAAAGUCUGAAAGAGACUUUUAAAACAAGGAUAAGCAGCUGUUGGCCAAAUGAUCCACAGAUGACGACCAAAAACUGGAAAAAGAUGACAAGAGCUUCUUCUUUUUUUUCUUUUUUUUUGAAAGCUGAUUUUUAUUUAACUGACAUUUGUGACAGGUCAUGAUGAUUUCAUUUUAUUCUUUUUAACCUUGGCACUAGUAUGUGUCACUUCUUUUAUUUUUAAUCGGAAGGACAAAACCACCCUUUUAAUUUAUGUUGUGAGAGUUUUGGCCAAGAUUACAUUGAUGUCAAGAUACAGACAGAAAAUGCGGGCAUUUCAUAUAAACCGUUAAAUGAACUUAAUUAUAGUCUGGAAUGCACAUUAUGCAGUUGGUGAUUUCUGAGCACUUUCUGUAAAACAUCUAAACACAUCAGUUUAAUUCCAUGUUAGGAAUCAAGGUUUAUCAUUUCGUACAUUUCUUAGGAAGUCAGAAGAAGUAGCACCUGCAUUAUAAACGGCAAAAAAAACAACCUGCAGGGUCAACAAAAUCCUCCCUGUACACACCGCAGCAGCAUCCUGCAAAAAAAAACCAACAACAAAAACCAAAUCCUAACUGUCCACUGAGAUGAAUUAUUUGCAUUUAUGUGGGGAAAAGCACACUCAGCCAUGACUUGCGGGUUUGUUUGUGUCCGAACACUGGGAACGCUGUGUUCCCAUGUGGCGCCUCUGUGUGGAAUGCGCGGCCGUGCACCUGCAUUCCAAAAGGCAGGGAGAAAUUUGAGAAAUGUCCAACCAUGACUUUGCAUAUUGAGCAGCCUCGUCAGUCGAUGCUACAAUGUGCUUUUAACGCCAUGAAAGGUGCCCUAAAUACUUAAGUCAAAGUUUAGGUUAUAGGCAUUGAUGUGUGCCGUAUUUCAUAACGUGCUCUCAUGACGGUGCUUUCUGUCUUAUGGUUUACAAAUGAGAGACUUUAGGAUUAGUGGUGGACCCUGAGGCUACAAUCCACUUGUCAUUUUGUGUUUUCUGACCAAACUAAGCUAGCGAUGUUGCCUUUUUUAUUUAUUUUUUAAAAUGAAGGGUGUUUUUGACUGAUGUGCCACAAAGUUUUUAUCGUUUAAUUUUGACAUUUUGUACUUGUGAUGUAUCUUUUCCAGUUACAAACGGCGCGGCCCCGAUCUCAGAAAAAAGGGGGUUAAAGUGCCGGCUUUAAGGUGUAUUUUAUCAGUGUACUAUUUUUAUGUCAUUGUACAUAUUUAGUUAAAUAUGUAUUUUAUGAAGUAUUAAAACUUUUUAUACAACA